AGAAGGAGGGGUCUUCCUUAGCCUCAACCUUAAGUCUCCAGUACUGUAAUUCAGAUAAUUCAGUGUACAUACCAGACUACAACAUAGUACAUAAACUCGCUAUAGUCGCCGUCUACCUUAUACCUAUUAGCACCUAUAGGUGUGCAGGUAAGGCGGUGACCUCAAUCGCCCAAAUGUACCUAGGUACGUAUUGAGGUCCUUCUACAUUUAUACAUUUAUUUUUACCUUUCUCAUUAGAUGAACCGUGUCUCUCAACGUACAUAUCUGUUACAACUAAUCCAAACCGGCCCAAUCAACUUCCCAACAAUACCUGACAUCACAUCACCUAUCCAACCAAAAAAACAUAGCAACCAUCCACCAACACAAUUUCUUCGAAGUGAUACUCACACUCUAGACUCGACACAUCUAGAAAAGAUAGCAUUUAAAUAUACCUAGGUAUGUCCAAGUGGCUCGUCUAGAUACCGUCGCUUCAUUCGUAGCGAAGCAUCCGUCUUCAAUAACCAUCCAAGUCCCUAGCUUAGAUUCUUACAGGUGUUUCGUUGGUGCUAUGAAUCAGAUGGCGGACGAUCAUUUAGCCAAGACGGAUGAUGAGGCUCGUAGCCGGCUAGCUCUCGAUUACACAUAUGGCUUUGACAUUUCCGGUAAAUCUCAAGAGUGGUACCUCGGAGACAUAAUAGUGAACGGAUGGGCGUCUGAGGAUGACAUCAAACACUUCACUCACCACAGCCUGAUGCGUGGCUAUGAAGAGUGGCAUCUGAUGUUCUCCUGCGCAAACACUUUGAAAGAAUUGAAAGAAGCCUCUUCUUUCGAUGACCCUCUCGAGGGACAAGACCUCCUCACCUUCCUCACCGAGGUUCUCUCCCCACGCUCUGGCCCUCUAGAUGGUGUCAUCAGCGGACAGGCGUCGAAUCUUCAUAAAGACGUUGCACAAGAACCUCAACCUCCUCAGACAAGCACGAAACCAGGAAAAAGGAAGAGAGAUGCAACUCACGAACAGACAGAUCCAGAGCAGCCUACCAAGAAACACGGUAUGAACAAGAUAUCGCCAUUCUGGUCCGCAAAUAACCCAGAUUCUUCCCUUCAGCAAUUCCACCAGUCAGCGGAUGACAAAAAGGAGUCGAAAAGCGAGAAGAGGAAGAGUAGGAAGAGCUCAAAGAAGAUAAAGAGAGACAGAAAGGCUAGAGAGUCACUGCCCGAGUCUAUCACUAUGCCUCUACCUGAGAGCCUAAUUCUUCAAGAAGUCCUCAAAGUUCGCCACAGCCAAGAAAACAUCUCUACAUCGCUGGAAUUCCGUAAUGCCGAACAGGAGAUAAAUCCUCCCCGGGAGUCUAUGAGUGGCCAGAGUGGUGUUUUGCAUACUACUCUUCCGCUACGCGUUUCUCAUACAAAUACUGAAGCAGAAAAGUCAUUAGCAGGCUUGCAAUCAUCAUCACCUACACCCGGAAAUGUUGAAAGAACCUUAGGCGCAGCUACGUUAAGUUUAGGCAAAUUAGACGAAAAUAGGGGACCAGAAAUCAACGGUGCAGCAUCUCAUGGGAGAGAUAACACGCCUCCUCAACCAGUAGCAACAUGUCUGACUCCAAAACGCAAAACGAAGUCCCCUUACUUUGACACAAUGGACAUGCUUAACCCGCUUAAGAUAAAAUAUCCCCGACCUCCUCGAGGAACAGUUCCUUGCGUACCUUUCCCACGUUUAGACGCCCCCAAUUUCGGCUUGAUUCAAGAAGACCUCGCAACCGAUCCUCUUCGUUUGCUUAUCGCAGUGACCUUUCUGAUACGAGUAAAGGGGAAACAUUCAAUACCCGUGUUCCACGAUAUCGUAGAAAAGUAUCCGACACCGAGACAUCUAGCAGAAGCAGAUACAAACGAUAUAAUAACAAUGAUUAGACACCUCGGUCUUUCUGCGGUUCGAGCUACUGCAAUUCAGAAAUAUGCACGAAUAUGGAUAGAGAACCCACCUCGAGCUGGCAUUCGAUAUGGCGUGAAGAAUUAUCCACGGCUGGGAGACGGGGCCGACGUCCGGACUGCAGAAAUAUUAAGUCCUGACGAUCCCAGGUCGUCGGCUUGGGAAAUUGGCCACAUGACACAAGGUCGGUAUGCUAUAGACAGCUGGAGAAUAUUCUGUAGGGAUGUCCUUCUCGGCCGUGCAGAAGACUGGAGAGGUAAGGGGCGCGAAGGAGAAUUCCAACCUGAGUGGAUGCGAGUGUUGCCAGAAGAUAAGGAACUCCGUGCUUGUCUUAGGUGGUUAUGGAUGCAGGAGGGCUACGCGUGGGAUCCGAAAACAGGAGAGAAGGAUAUCCUCCCGGAAGACUUGCGUAGGGCGGUUAAUGAGGGUCGAGUUGCGUAUGAUGACGCUGGCGAGCUGAAAAUACUGGACAAGGAGGCUCCUACGGGGAAUGGUGCCCUUAAAGGUAUACAGUAG